AUGAAAAUAACACAGGAACUAUCUUCAUCAUCAAUGAUUAAUAUUUUAACGAUAUUAUCAGACCAUGGUGCUUUUUAUAAUUUAUUAGUACUCGAUCAUCUUCAGUCAUUUGAUAUUAAUAAUGUAUUAAAUGAUAAUAAUUAUUUAAAUGAGAAUACUAUAGAACUUAUUCGAAUAUAUAUCAAUAAUGUUUCAUCAAUGUCAAAUACAAACGAACAGCAAAUUAAAUCGACAUUUCAAGAUUUUGUAUUGAAUUUAUUAAAUGCAUUUAAUGAUCGUACCUUGUUGAAAUAUUUAGAUACACAUGCAUCACAUAGUGUUAUUAACAAAUUUCGUCCUGAUUGUUGUUUUCUACUUAAAAAUGUUAAUAACGGCACUGAUCGAGAAGAUGAAUGUUUACAAGAUUUUAUUGUUUGUGUUGGUGAAUUUAAGAAAUCUGACGUUUCGUCAGAAGCAUCAAUUGGACAAUUAUUACACUAUUUACAUUUACUAUCAGUUAUACAAAAUCGUGAAUGGAAAGAAUCAUAUAAUUUUUAUAAAAGUCAAGAUUUAGAUAUGUUUAAUGAAUAUUCUAAAGAAUCAUUAUCUAGUGAUAUGAUGAUAACAAAUGAAGAAUGGAAAAAUAAACAUUUAAAUGAAGUUACUUGGAAAAUAUUUAUAAACUUUUUAACAAUGAAUGACGAAUUUUAUGAAUAUACAACAUUAAACAUAAAUCCUAGUGAUAAUUUAUUUCAGGAUAAAUAUAAUAUAAGAAAAAAAUUGGGAAAUGGUUUAACUUCAAUGGUUUAUUUGUUGGUAAAAAAUGAUAAUAAUUCUUUAAAUGAUGAUAUAGAUCAAUGUGUAAUUAAAAUAUCUAAAAGUAGUUUAUAUAGUGAAUAUUUUGUAAAUGAAGUUACAAUAACAAAAGAAUUAAAAAAAUUAAAUGAUUCAAAUAAAUUUAGUUUAUUUUUUCAAGAUAUUCUACAAUAUUCACCUGAAGAUCGAUUUUUAAUAUUUAAUAAUGAAUUAAAAGAUAUCAAAUCAUUAACAUUAAGUCAAUUGAAACAACUUAUUGAUAUAAUUAAAUUUUUAUAUGAUUCUCAUAUUAUUCAUCGUGAUAUACGUCCACAAAAUUUGAUGUUGGAUUAUGCUGAAAAACAUUUAAAAUUAAUUGACUUUGGUUUUGCAUUUAAAUAUGAAAUGUCUGAAACGAAAAAAAAUUACCAAUUGCGGGAGCAGUUACAUACCCAGGUCAAAUGA